UACGUACAAUAAGAGAUUUUGGAAAGUUAUGUAAAUAAUAAGUGUGAUAGUGGUUAUAUAAGAAAAUCGUAAAGGUAUGGCAGUUAUAGUAGAAACUACUAUAGGAGAUUUUACUGUUGAUUUGUACACUAAAGAACGUCCACAAACAUGUCGCAACUUUCUAAAAUUAUGCAAAUUAAAGUAUUACAAUUGGAACUUGUUCCAUUCUGUACAAAGCAAUUUUAUUGCUCAAACCGGAGAUCCCACUGGUACUGGAAAAGGUGGCGAAAGUGUUUAUGGAAUAGUAUUAGGUGAAAAAGCAAGAUAUUACGAAGCAGAGCAAAUGCCAAAGAUAAAACAUGAUAGAAGUGGUUUAUUGUCUAUGGUUAAUUGUGGUAAUAACAUGCUUGGAUCUCAGUUUUUUAUUACUCUUGCACCUGAACUUCAGUCAUUAGAUGGAGAACAUUGUGUAUUUGGUGAAAUUACAGAGGGUUUAGAAGUUAUUCUCAAAUUCAAUGAAACUAUUUGCGAUGGGGAUCAUAGACCUUACCAAGAUAUACGUAUUUCCCAUACUAUUAUUUUGGAAGAUCCUUUUGAGGAUCCAAAAGAUUUUAUUGUACCUGCUCAAAGUCCACCACCUACAAAAGAAGUUCUAAUGAGCGAUAGAAUUGGAGCUGAUGAAGUAAUAGAUGAUACAGCUGGUAUGACAGUUGAAGAAAUUGUAGAAAUGCAAAAGGAGAAGGAGGCAAAGGCAAGAGCUACAAUAUUAGAAAUUGUUGGUGAUAUACCAGAUGCAGAAAUGGCUCCUCCAGAAAAUGUUCUUUUUGUUUGUAAAUUGAAUCCUGUGACCACUGAUGAUGACCUUGAAAUUAUUUUCAGUAGAUUUGGAAAAAUUAUUGGUUGUGAAGUCAUUAGAGAUCGACAGAGUGGAGAUUCAUUGCAAUAUGCAUUCAUCGAAUUUGCUGAUCGUAAAAGUUGUGAGGAAGCAUAUUUUAAAAUGGACAACGUAUUGAUUGACGACCGUCGUAUUCAUGUAGAUUUCUCGCAGUCAGUAGCUAAAAUGAGGUGGAAAGGUAAAGGUAAAGGCAUACAAUAUUUCUAUGAUAAAGAUGAUGAAAUUAACAAUGAGAAUCUAGAAAAAGUAAAUUCAAGAUACAAACAACGGGACGAAUCUAGAAGCAAUGAUGACGUAAUUAGUCGAAAGCAAAACGAUAAAAGAUAUAUAUCGGAAAUAUUAGAACAUAGAAAACACGAACGCAGAAAGGAUACUUACAAAAACGAUUCAGAGUACUCUCAUAAUGUGGAGAAAUAUGUAGAGAAGGAAAAGUAUAAGGAACAAAGGCACCGUGAUAGCUCACGUGAAAAAUACGAAUACGAUUCCAGGCGGAGAAAAGGAAGAAAACAGAAAAGUAGAGAUAAGAGCAGAGACAAAAGUCGGGACAAAAGCAAAAGAGAAGAUUAUAAGGAACAUAAACAUAAAAAAAAGGGCGAUUGUGAGAAAAAGAAAUGGGAUAGAGAGAGUUCUAAUUCUAGUAACGAAGAUUUACGGUAUGAGAAACAUAAAGAAAGACAUUUGAGCCACAAAAAAAAACACGCCAGUAAUCGAUCCGUGGAGAAGUAUGAAAAAUUAGAGAAACAUAAGCAAAAAAGAUUAUGUAAAUAGCUUUCAUAUUUACAGUUAAUGGCA